AUGGCUGCGCUCACAAACGAAUUAGAGGACCAAACGAAAGGCUCUCAAAUACUGGUAGACUUUUGCAAAGUACAACCUGUAUUCAUUCAGCUGCGUGAGAGGUUGCUUAUUCCGGAUGUGUCGCUAGUUGUCAGCCAGCACACACAGAGUGGCAAUGUUAAGUCAGAGCGUAAGAAAUGGGGUGCGCGAAUCAUUCUGGCUGGCGAUGAUGCAGAGGCGCAACGCUUACAAGAAGCACUCGAGGUGUGGGAGCGAGAAAUGCGCAUUCGAGAGAAAGAUGCUGAUCGCGAAUUAUCAAAGUGGCUGCAACGAGCUGACGAACAUCACCCGAAACUGCUCAAUCUUCCGAGAGUACAGGCGUACUUCAGUAUGGGAGAAUACGAGAUGAAGUGUGCUGAGCAGGGCUUGUUGCGGAAAGAUGACGCAAUUGAGAAAUACGCUUUUGUCAGCCAGCUGUCGGAUCGUCCCGGUCGACCUGUGACACUUCGCACAGAUACAGAGGGAGCGCAAGUGGCUAUUAAGUCCUAUCAUCUCACCACAAGGGAACUUCAUAUGCAUUUCCUCAAAACCUGUAGCAAACUGGGAGCGUUGCGCGGGGUGAUGAACGUGGUGCCCGUGGUUGGGGUGUUCAUUGAGGACAAGUGGGGCCUUGUGCUCAUACUCUAUUAUGAGAAUGGUGAUCUCGCCAUAUGGAUCACCAACCACCCGCAACGUGACCCGCAACUGUGCCCGCGAAUGACUCACCAGAUAGUGUGUGCUGUGGAAGGGUUGCACGAGCAGGACAUCGUACACUGUGACUUGAAGCUGGAGAACAUAUUCUUGACACCUACAUUAAAGGCCAUCCUUGGCGAUUUCGAUGAUGUGCACGAUGCCAACAGCACAAUGACUUCCUCGGUGGGACUGACGUGCAAGCACGAAGCGCCCGAAAUACGCAUGGGAACAGUGGACAAGUACGACAAGAGUGACAUCUUCGAGGGGUUGGAUAUGAGUGGCCAUGCUUCGGAUGCGAGUGAAAUGAAUAUCUCUGCUUUGAUUGAUCGUACGACCGCUAGUGAUCACACUUACCGCCCACUCCUGAGAGAAGUGAUGCAGUCAACGAUAUUCAAGUAUGUACAGGCCUCUCGACAGUGCGCAAUCUGCUACGAAGCGUUCAUUGCUGCGGAGAGUUUAACUUGCCGGAACGGACAUGUAGUCUGCGAUAGUUGCGUUGACGAUUGGUUGAAGUACGAUAUGACCAAUACAAGCCACAUCACGCGACCCAUCGGAUGGCUGCCGUGUCCAAUGCAGGCGCACGGGUGCGAGAAAAUCUGGGAACCUAAGGUCUACGCACCCCACGUGACCGAGAAAACCUUUGACGAGGCAAUGUGUCUCAUUAACAAACCCAAGGUGAGUGUUGCUCGAGCAGCAGCGUGA